UAGAGAAUAAGAGCUAAUGAACACGGCAGGCAGGAUUGUUGCUGUAGUGACAGAGUGUUGCUUUACAAAGAGAGACACACCAUGGAACUACACGGGUCAGUACUGACGAGACAUGGAUUCGAGUUAACACAGAAGCAUUCAUUUGAAGUAAGCCUGUGAUAUCAACACUUGGGAAUUAUGGAGGACUACAACAAGAUAGAGAAGAUUGGAGAAGGUACAUAUGGUGUAGUUUACAAAGGUCGUCAUAAGAAGACAAAUCGUCUGGUGGCUCUCAAGAAAAUCCGUCUUGAGAGUGAAGAGGAAGGCGUCCCAUCCACAGCCAUCAGGGAAAUCUCCCUGUUGAAGGAACUCGCACACCCCAACAUUGUCUGCCUGGAGGACGUGUUGAUGCAGGAGAACAAGUUGUACUUGGUGUUUGAGUUCCUGUCCAUGGACCUGAAGCGCUACAUGGACACCAUACCUAGUGGCCAAUACAUGGACAAGAUGCUUGUCAAGAGCUACACAUACCAGAUCCUACAGGGCAUCUUGUUCUGCCACCAGCGGAGAGUCCUCCACAGGGAUCUCAAACCACAGAAUCUGCUCAUUGACAGCAAAGGAACCAUCAAACUAGCUGACUUUGGUCUGGCCAGGGCUUUUGGCAUUCCAGUUAGAGUGUACACACAUGAGGUUGUCACAUUGUGGUACCGUGCACCAGAGAUUCUUCUGGGCUCCCCACGCUACUCAACACCUGUUGAUGUCUGGAGUAUAGGAUGUAUAUUUGCUGAAAUGGUAACCAAAAGGCCAUUGUUCCAUGGAGAUUCAGAAAUUGAUCAGCUUUUCAGGAUAUUCAGGACGCUGACCACACCGACAGAGGACACAUGGCCAGGAGUGAGUAACUUGCCAGAUUACAAGCCCACAUUCCCUGCCUGGAAGUGCAACCAGCUGGCCGGCUCCGUCAAACAGCUGGACAACAUGGGACUAGAUCUCCUACAGAAAACCAUGGUGUAUGAUCCAGCUACACGUAUCUCCGCCAAGGAUGCCCUGAACCACCCCUACUUCAAGGACUUGGACAAGUCUGUGUUGCCAGCAGCUUGCCAGCAUGCCUCAUAGUCACUCUCACGCAGCAUGAGUGGUGGACGACCAACCAACCAACCGACUGACUGACUGACAUGGGCAUGACUGGCACCAGAUGAUGAUGCCGUCACAGAGUUCCAGACUUCUGUGCAGACAUCACCAGUGCAAAAGGCAGCAACAGUGGCCUGCUCUUAGCAGCGGGGAAUCUGUCUUAACAUUGCAUAUAACAGGAGUGCAAACAUAGUGUAUGAGGACAGCUGUUAAGCAGUAUUUUGUUGUGAAAAUAAUAUACAAAAUAUGCUGCUACUCUGUAAAAGUGCUAUGGGAUAUUUAGAAUUUAGAUGAAAUAGCAGCAGCAGCAGCAGCAGCAGUGUCAGGUGUCUAAAUGUGAAUUGAUAUUUUGUUGGGACUUUGGUAAGCAUGGUUCAGGAUUUGUGUGUUGACUGGGUAGACCCACUGCAAAAUGUGCUCAAAUAUUCAAUUUUGUUGUGAUUAUGUUGGUAAGGAUGUUACUCUGUGCUGUGUUCCUUGUAAAAUAGAGUCUGAAAGGUGUUAGUGUGCUACAGUAUUUUUACACUUUCAGACAUAUCAGGAAAUAUGGUACCAUGUGUCACAGCUUGCAUGAUGUAUGUAUUGUCGAGUUCAGCAUUUCCCAUUAAUUCAUUCAUGAUUGAAUCAGGUCACGUUUUUACCAAAUCUACUUUCCCCAUGUCACUAAUUAAAUCAUGACAUUGUUGACAUUUCCACUCUGUGAGCUCCAUGUGUAUGGAAGUGUGAGUGUCUGAGAGUUUGUCGAGUGUGGAGGACCCUGAACCUCAAGUGCAAUACCUCGUCUGUUUGUCCGUCUUCUUCCCUCUCCUGUCUAUCUUCCUUUCUUCAUGUAUAAAUGCCAUAACACAUUCAAUAAACAAUGGUUUAUAUAUA